ACGGGGACUGCGGGGGAUGGCGGAGCGGCGGUGGCGGAGCGGGGCGGGCAGCCCCGACCGCGCCGCUGCCGAGCGGGCCCCGAGAAUCUACACGAGGACAGGAGAUUCAGGAUUCUCCAGCACCUUCACCGGGGAGCGGCGGCCGAAGGGCGACAGGAUCUUCGAGGCACUGGGAGCCACGGACGAGCUGAGCUCGGCCAUCGGGCUAGCUGGUGAAUUUAGCAGUGAAAAGGGCCACACGUUUGUUGAUCAACUUCAUAAAGUCCAGUGCAUGCUGCAGGAUGUGGGCUCCAACCUCGCCACGCCGCUCUCCUCAGCCAGGGAGGCUCACCGGAAACGAACAUCAUUCAGCGAGAAGCCCGUCCUGGAGCUGGAGCAGUGGAUUGACAGCUACUCAGAGCAGCUCCCUCCCCUCAGAGCCUUCAUCCUGCCUUCUGGAGGCAGGAGCAGUGCUGCUCUCCACUUCUCCCGAGCCGUGUGCCGUAGGGCUGAGAGGUGCGUGGUCCCUUUAGUCCAAGCAGGGGAAGCAGAUCCAAACGUGGCCAAGUAUUUAAACAGGCUCAGUGAUUAUCUCUUUGUCCUGGCACGUUAUGCUGCAAUGAAGGAAGGGAAGGAAGAGAAAAUCUACAUAAAACCUGAACCAUAGCUGGGAGCUGGAAUGUUUUGUCCUUGAUCAUGGAAAACUAAAUCCAGUUGACUGCUUUUGUCCAUCAAGGAAGGGAGAGAGAACAAGCCUGGACUGGAAAUGGGAGCUGCCAAGGAUUUCCAUGUGAAAUAAUCAGGACCUUGUUGAUAAAUCCUGAGAGGAACAGAAUCACAGAAUAUCCUGAGCUGGAAGAGAC